UCGGCCGUGUGAGGAGGAGCAGCAGCCCGCAGCCGCGGAGGAGCCGCAGAAGCUGCGAGAGCCGGAACCGAAACCACACCCACGUCGCCGGUCCUGUCCUCUGUCGCCCUCUCGGCGUCCCACCCGAGGCCGCGUUCCGGAGGACAGCGGCCGCCCACUCCCCGAGCAUCCUCCCUCCGAGCGGGUGCUGACAGAGCCGGCGGCAUGAUGCGCCUGCGGGGCUCGGCGAUGCUGCGCGACCUGCUCCUGCGGCCUCCCGCCGCCUCCUGCGCGGCUCUGAGGCGGGCGCAGCCCCUCGCCACACAGUGCCGGCGUCCCCGAGGCGGGGGACAGGGGACCGCCGGCCCAGCGGCCGCCGCGCGUCUCUACCCGUGGUGGGGCGGGGGCGGCCGGCCGGCGGGGCCCCUCGCGCGGGGACUGUCUAGUUCCCCCUCGGAGAUCCUGCAGGAGCUGGGCAAGGGGGGCCCGCAGCCGCCGCCGCCGCAGCAGCAGCAGCAGCAGCCCGGGGCGGCGCCGCCCGCGGCCCCGUCGGCUCCCGGCCCCAAGGACGGCCCCGGGGAGACGGACGCGUUCGGCAACAGUGAGGGCAAGGAGCUGGUGGCCUCGGGCGAAAAUAAAAUAAAACAGGGUCUGUUACCUAGCUUGGAAGAUUUGCUGUUCUAUACAAUUGCAGAAGGACAAGAGAAAAUACCCGUUCAUAAAUUUAUUACAGCACUCAAAUCUACAGGAUUGCGAACGUCUGAUCCCAGGUUGAAAGAGUGUAUGGAUAUGUUAAGAUUAACUCUUCAAACAACAUCAGAUGGUGUCAUGCUAGACAAAGAUCUUUUUAAAAAAUGUGUUCAGAGCAACAUCGUUUUGUUGACACAAGCCUUUAGAAGAAAGUUUGUCAUUCCUGACUUUAUGUCUUUUACCUCUCACAUUGAUGAGUUAUUUGAAAGUGCUAAAAAGCAGUCUGGAGGAAAGGUUGCAGAUUAUAUUCCUCAGCUAGCCAAGUUCAGUCCUGAUUUGUGGGGUGUGUCUGUGUGUACAGUAGAUGGACAGAGGCAUUCUAUUGGAGAUACCAAAGUUCCAUUUUGUCUUCAGUCCUGUGUAAAACCUUUGAAAUAUGCCAUUGCUGUUAAUGAUCUUGGAACAGAAUAUGUUCAUCGAUAUGUUGGGAAAGAGCCAAGUGGAUUAAGAUUCAACAAACUGUUUUUAAAUGAAGAUGAUAAGCCACACAAUCCUAUGGUAAAUGCUGGUGCAAUUGUUGUGACUUCAUUAAUAAAGCAAGGAGUGAAUAAUGCUGAAAAAUUUGACUAUGUGAUGCAGUUUUUGAAUAAGAUGGCUGGCAAUGAAUAUGUUGGAUUCAGUAAUGCAACGUUUCAGUCUGAAAGAGAAAGUGGAGAUCGAAACUUUGCAAUAGGAUAUUACCUAAAAGAAAAAAAGUGUUUUCCAGAAGGCACAGACAUGGUUGGUAUAUUAGACUUCUAUUUCCAGUUAUGCUCCAUUGAAGUAACUUGUGAAUCAGCCAGUGUGAUGGCUGCAACCCUGGCUAACGGAGGUUUCUGUCCGAUUACUGGGGAGAGAGUACUGAGCCCUGAAGCAGUUCGGAACACACUGAGUUUGAUGCACUCCUGUGGCAUGUAUGAUUUCUCAGGGCAGUUUGCUUUCCAUGUUGGUCUUCCUGCAAAAUCCGGAGUUGCUGGGGGCAUUCUUUUAGUUGUGCCCAAUGUCAUGGGCAUGAUGUGCUGGUCUCCUCCUCUGGACAAGAUGGGCAACAGUGUUAAGGGAAUUCAUUUCUGUCAUGAUCUUGUUUCUCUCUGUAAUUUCCAUAACUAUGAUAAUCUGAGACACUUUGCAAAAAAACUUGAUCCUCGAAGAGAAGGUGGUGAUCAAAGGGUGAAGUCCGUGAUAAACCUCCUGUUUGCCGCGUACACUGGAGAUGUGUCUGCGCUCCGGAGAUUUGCUCUGUCAGCCAUGGACAUGGAGCAGCGAGACUAUGACUCCAGAACAGCCCUCCAUGUAGCCGCCGCCGAGGGUCAUGUUGAAGUUGUUAAAUUUUUGCUGGAAGCAUGCAAAGUCAAUCCUUUCCCCAAGGACAGGUGGAAUAACACGCCCAUGGACGAAGCGCUGCACUUCGGACACCACGAUGUAUUUAAAAUCCUCCAGGAGUACCAGGUCCAGUACACGCCUCAAGGAGACUCCGACAACGGAAAAGAAAACCAAACGGUCCAUAAGAAUCUUGAUGGAUUGUUGUAACGGUCUUAAGCCCCAAAUAGAAAUCACUUACCUAUUUAAUUGUGGAAAAUGAUUAUGAAGAACAUGUGUAUUUCUAUCUGGUAGUGAUGUAUAUUUUACGACAUUUGUCAUUUCAGUGUUACUGGAGUUUUCUUCAUUGUACACACAGAACAAAUCUGAUCUCUUUGGGAAAAAAUAGAAAUAAAACAAUCUCCCUCC